GCCGCUGGUCGGUCCCCGUGCUACGACGCCAAACCCACUCAAAAGGUAGUCAAAUCUCCCCCACCGUGCCACUCAGCGACACGCGCCCAGCCCCAAUAUAGGCCAGGCGGCCCUCUCCCAGAUCCCUUUCUCUCUCCCUCUCUCUCCUCCCCUCGCCUCGCUCUCCGCCUCCGAUUCCUUCCCCAAUCAAUCUCCUGCGGGGAGGCGAUGCGGUGGAAGCUCGGCACCGCGGCGUACAAGCGCGUGCCGUCCCGGGACGCCGCCAUGGACCCCGACCUCGAGACGCCAGAUCCGGCAGCAGAGAAGACGCCCGACGGGGGCGGCGGAGGAGCAGGGGCAGCAGGCCCGUCGUGGCGCAGGUCGCUGCCGCACGUGUGCGUCGCCACCGUCACCUCCUUCCUCUUCGGCUACCACACCGGGGUGGUGAACGAGCCGCUCGAGAGCAUCUCCGCCGACCUCGGAUUCGCCGGCAACACGCUGGCCGAAGGACUCGUGGUCAGCAUAUGCUUGGGGGGAGCAUUCGUGGGAUGCCUCUUCAGCGGCUCAGUCGCCGACGGAAUCGGCCGGCGCCGCGCUUUUCAGCUCAGCACCCUGCCCAUGAUCGUGGGAGCCGCCUUAAGUGCUCUCACCAACAGCCUGGAAGGAAUGCUAUUUGGAAGAUUAUUGGUUGGAGCAGGAAUGGGGUUGGGUCCACCGGUGGCUUCACUCUACAUAACAGAGGUCUCUCCCCCCUCUGUGAGGGGUAUGUAUGGCAGCUUUGUUCAGAUUGCGACCUGUCUGGGAAUCUUAUUUUCUCUUCUAGUCGGUACCCCUGUCAAGGACAUUGAUAGAUGGUGGAGAGUGUGUUUCUGGGUUUCAGCUGUCCCAGCAGUUUUACAAGCUAUUGCUAUGGAGUUCUGUGUUGAGAGCCCCCAGUGGCUAUAUAAGUGUGGAAGAACAAACGAAGCAGAAAUGCAGUUUGAGAAGCUUCUAGGCCCUCUUCACGUAAAAUCUGCUAUGGCAGAACUUUCUCGAUCGGAGAGAGGGGAUGAUGGGGAAAGUGUGAAGUUCUCAGAGUUGUUUUAUGGUCGUCACUUCAAUGUUGUUUUUAUUGGCACAACGCUCUUUGCUUUACAACAGUUAUCGGGCAUAAAUUCUGUGUUCUAUUUCUCAUCAACUGUGUUCAGAAGUGUGGGGGUGCCCUCUAGCCUUGCCAAUAUAUGCAUGGGGAUUGCAAAUUUAUUAGGUUCUAUUAUAGCUAUGCUUCUAAUGGACAAACUAGGCAGGAAAAUGCUUCUUGUAGGAAGCUUCUUUUUCAUGGCCUUCUCAAUGGGACUUCAGGCUAUUGGAGCGAAUCGUCACCUUGGUUCUGCAAGUGUGUAUCUUUCGGUUGGUGGCAUACUGCUGUUUGUCUUGGCAUUUUCGUUGGGAGCAGGCCCAGUUCCAGGACUUCUUUUACCUGAGAUUUUCCCAAACAAAAUUCGGGCCAAAGCUAUGGCUCUGUGUAUGUCAGUACAUUGGGGCGUCAACUUCUUCGUCAGUUUGUUAUUCUUGCGACUGCUGGAGCAACUUGGCCCACAAGUUCUGUACACAAUGUUCUCUUCAGCGUGUGUGGUAGGAGCAAUAUUUGUGCGGCGACACGUAGUCGAAACAAAGGGGAAAACUCUGCAGGAGAUAGAAGUUUCACUGUUGCAAACACAGUAAAGGUUUCACCGAGGCAGUAUCUUCUGCAUGCUGGGAAGGAAUGAAUUCAGUGGCGUUUUUGUCGCUGAACACCAGCCGGGCGGGCGGUCUGUUCCCAGAUCAAGUGAUCUGAUCAUCUCCUGCGGACAGAAUCGCCCUACGCUCGGUGUAAGUUCCCGGCCGUGCACGAACCUGUGACCGCUAGAGCAGUGGCAUACUAUCUUAGGAAUACAUACAUACAUAUAUGACAGACUGGUGAGGAGUUUUUUUGUCUGUUUAGGCUGAUAGUUGUUGGCCCUAUGUACUAUAUUGUGUUGUCUUGUGCUUAACUGUUGGUCAGUAAGGGCAGACUGGAUUUUGGAUGCUGAUGAACGAACGCUGUCGUAACGGUUUACUAUAGUUUGGAAUAAUAACAGCAGUUACAUGCCUCAUUGGAUGUAUUUUACUCCA